CUUUAUUGUUAUAUUAAUCCAUUUAACGAUUAGCAAUGUCUGAACAUGAACAUUCACAUGGAAUGGGACAUAGUCAUAAUUUGGACCCAUCCUUCUUUAUAGAAAGUGCUGCAACAAAUGAACCUAUUGGUCUUAUCAUGACGAUGCAUAUUACUUUCAUGGUUAUAGCUUUUGGUAUAUUAUACCCUUUAGGUAUGGUGUUAGGUUUAGCUAAAAAUAGAUGGCAUGUUCCUCUACAAAUACUAGCAACGGCUGUAUUUAUCGUGGGUGUAUUUCUAGCCCAUGCACAUAACGGUAGAAACUAUGAACCUCAUAUCGCGCAUAGAUGGUUUGCAAACAUUGUCAUUUGGACAAUUAUAUCACAAUUUAGUUUAGGCGUUUAUCUUAAAUUACAUUUAGAAAGAGGUAUACAUGGUAAAAUAAGACCUAUACUUGCCAAACUUCACAAGUGGAUGGGUGCUUCUAUUCCAGUGAUUGGAUACAUUCAAAUCGUAUUAGGUGUCAUUGCUUCACUUGGCUUCUGUUAUGGAGAUCAUACUGGACAGUGCUUGGCUCAUUUCAUCAUGGGCUCCUCCUUUGCGGCUUAUGGUAUUCUAUUAUUAUUAUCUUUACGUGUAGGGGGUCCAUGGCUGUUAAGAAAUGGGAAAAGUCAAGAAUGGUAUGAUAGUUGGGUUAUUACACUUUGGGGAAUUGUAAAUACAUUUACUGAGCAUAGAUGGGGACAACCUUGGAAUCAUGGUGAUUAUCAACAUACUUCAAUGGGCAUUAUUUGGUGGGCAGCAGGCACAGCAGGUAUUGUUUUAAGUAGAAAAGGGAAGAGAACGGUUAUUCCUUCUGUUUUGAUGAUCUUGACUGCGGUUGCCUUUCAAGGACAUGCACAACAUGUUCCUAAUAGUGGUGCUAUUCAUUCUUAUUUCGGUUAUAUGUUGGCUGCAGGUGGCUUAAGUCGAAUUAUCGAAAUUUGUUUUGUUUGGAAAGAAGGAGUAUUUGAAAUCUCUCCAUGGCAAUACAUUCCACCUCUUACAUUGAUUUUAGCAGGAUUGUUAUUUAUGGGAUCUACAGAAGAGCAACUUGGAUUGCUUGAUGCGGUCGGUAUUGAUGUGAGUUCUUAUAGUAAUGCUCUAUUAUCUUUUGGCUUUGUUCUAUUCGUAUUUGCCUUUUGCUUGAUCUAUCUUUGGGAAACUUUGACGAAUUAUCCUAAAAAAAAUAAUGACUAUGCUAAAGUAGCAACAACAGCAGCAGAAGAAGAAGAAAGAAGAAGUUUAAACUCUGCUUCUGCAUUCUUGGAUGAAGAAGAAGUAUUUGAUGAAGAUUAUAAUUCUCAACAAGAUGCUGUUGAGCUCAAAGUUACAACUCGUAGAUAGUUGUAUGAUGAUGUAUCUAUAUAUUACCUACCUGUAUAAAUAAAAAGUAUUUUUUUUUAUGAUAUCUUAU